UUAUGUAUGGAUGUUUUAUUUACUAGUUAAGUGAUAUUUUGUUACAACUGGGGAUGUCCCUUGAGUAACUGCAGAGUGUGGUGACAAUUGUAUUAGUGCGUCCGCGCAACAACACAAAUUUUUAUACAGUUAUGAUGUGAGGACCACAUCAGCUAGAGAAGGAAAUACAUAUUUUUUCCUGAUAAAAGAUCUGUAAAAUGAUGAUAAGGAUGUUUGCUACGGACUGAAGGUGUAUUCCUAAAUUUUGAGGAUGGUGCCAUUGCCAGCUGAAUACAGUCCCACUUUCUGGGACGACUAUCAGAAAGAUCAGAUUGAAUUAACUUGCCUUCUUCCCAAUGGGAUUAUCAUACUAUUACUCUGCCAUGAUGCCAGCACACUUGCUGAAAUCAAGGAGGACUUGUGGGAGGAGGCUGCCAAGUUUCCUCUCUAUGGCAAAUUGUAUGAUUACUCAAUCUACAAGUUCACAUGCUUUAACAACAGAGCUGAGGAGGAACACCUUACAGAUGACAGUAGACGUAUAAAGGACAUAAAGCCAGUUGGGGCAUUCUUGAGAGUUAGCAUAUAUGGAAAUGACACUGCUGAAACUAUAUUAAAUCAACAAAUUGGACAUGUUAUUGGCAAACGUCUUCACGAGUUCGACGAAUUGAACAGCAGCGAAGUGAAUGACUUCCGCUUUAAGAUGCGUAAAAUGGGCGCCGACUUCGUCGACUCGUACCGCCCAACUUGGCAGGAACAGGUCGCGUACCAGUUCCCGUCCCGGCUGUCCAUCAGCAGCAAGAUCCACAAGGACACCAUGUCCCAGAACAAAAACAUCAACAUCACGGCGACAAUAGCGCAAGAAAACAGCGAGAUGAGCUCGCACACGUUUAACGUGCCGCCCGACAUUACGCCGCAGAAAUUGAUCGAACUGAUUCUGAACAAGAGGUCGAUUAUAUUGAAGAGAUGCGAGAAUCCGGACAAUUACGUGCUAAAAGUGUGCGGCCAGGACGAGUACUUCGUCGGUGAACAUCCAUUGAUACAGUACGAGUAUAUUCAGGACUUCGUUAGUAGGGAUCUAACGCCGACGCUCGUCAUGGUUUCGAAGAAUGUUAUUCCACUGUCUACGCCAAGCAUUACACUAGUUAAUAAUGAGGAGAAGAAGACUAAGUCCUCUUAUUCGACAUUAACUCUACGGAAGCGUGGCAAGUACAAAUCAUCGUUGCAGAUCGAUGAGAAGUACAGGAUAACAGUAAAGGAAGCUGACGGUUUGGAUUGUGAUGCCAAAAAGGUUUCAGAGGUGGGUAUACAAGUCGGUUUGUUCCACGGAGGAAAGUCCCUGUGUCAGCCGUUAAAAGCAGAAACGAAGGACAUCAAGGAACAAGUAAACUUCAACAAAAUACUAACGUUCGACAUCGACGUGUGCAACAUACCCAGGAACGCAAAACUGUGCUUUGUGGUCUAUGAAGUGCACCGAUUGCAACGUGGAUCCAAAAGCCGAAAAACAAAAGAUAUGCCCAAUUACAAUUAUCUGGCGUGGGCCAAUACAACUGUAUACGAUUUCAAAAACCAACUGAGGACCGGUUCGAUGACCCUCUAUUUCUGGACGUCGGCCGAGGACAUAAUGUCCGAGGACGCCUUCCAUCCAUUGGGCACCGUCGUCCAGAAUCCCAACGUGCAAUUUUCAAUUUCGCUCACAUUAGAUUUCACGUCGUACAUCGAUGAUUCGCAACAAUUUUUCUACACACCCAUAGACUGCAUUUCGAAUUACGAAAAAAUCGAAAUAAUGAGCCCCCCUCAACCGAGCGAUAUUGAAGCGUCAAAGAAGAUCCUAGAGGAAAACGACAACUUCAUGGACGUGCACGAACAGGAACGUAAAAACAUUUGGUAUUUGAGGGAAUACUGGAGGACACAUUAUCCGGAGUUUUUGCCUAAAUUAUUGCUGUGCAUCGAUUGGGACAAACGCGAUGAGGUCGCAGAAGUAGCGACGAUGCUUCAAACCUGGCCCAAGUUGCCCGUCGAGAAAUCCUUAGAGUUGCUCGACUAUGCCUACGCCGACCAAGGUGUUCGAUCCUUUGCCGUCAAGUGCCUCAAAGAUAUGACUGAUGAAGACUUACUGUUGUAUUUAUUGCAAUUGGUCCAAGCAAUUAAACACGAAUUGCAUUUGGAGAGCGACCUGACAACGUUCCUGAUCCAAAGGGCCUUAAACAACCAGAAAAUUGGACACUACCUCUUUUGGCAUUUACGAUCGGAGAUGCAGCUGCCGGCGGUUUCCCUGCGGUUCGGCCUCAUAUUGGAGGCGUAUCUAAGGGCGCGACAGGAACAUAUCCCCAUUCUCGCUAAACAACUAGAGAUGCUCGAAAAAUUCAAGAAGGGUACGGAAGUCGUUUGUACCAAAGGUCGCGAUAAGGAGAAAGCGAAAGCGGCGCUCCGGGAGUUCUUGUCCGAACCGGAUACGAUGAAAGUUAUGAACGACCUGCGCAGUCCCCUCGAUCCCAGUUUUAGGUGUUCGAAUGUCAAGAUUGAUAAGUGCACUGUGAUGGACAGUAAAAUGCGUCCGUUAUGGAUCGUAUUUGAAAAUUGGGACAAGUAUGGGGAGGAAGUAUUUGUGAUAUUUAAAAACGGCGAUGAUCUGAGACAAGACAUGCUCACUUUACAAAUGCUUAGGAUAAUGGAUCGGCUGUGGAAACAAGAGGGAUUAGACUUAAGGAUGAACGCCUAUAAUUGUAUAUCAAUGGAACACAGGGUGGGAAUGAUACAGGUGGUGCGGAACGCAGAAACCAUCGCCAACAUCCAAAAGGAGAAAGGAUACUUCAGUGCGACGUCAGCGUUCAAACGUGGCCCGAUCCUCGACUGGCUCAGAGAUCACAACAAGCCUGAACCUGAGCUGAAUAAGGCUGUUAAUGAGUUCACUCUUAGCUGUGCGGGAUACUGUGUGGCCACUUAUGUACUUGGAAUCGCCGACAGGCAUUCCGAUAAUAUUAUGGUCAAAGAAAAUGGACAGAUGUUCCACAUAGAUUUUGGUCAUAUUUUGGGACACUUCAAAGAGAAGUUUGGCUUUAAACGAGAACGCGUUCCAUUCGUGCUUACCCACGACUUCGUCAACGUGAUAAACAAGGGUCAGAAGAAUGCGUCUGAGUUUUCUAAGUUCCAGGAAAAUUGCGAGAAGGCCUUCAUGAUCUUACGGAAGCACGGAAAUUUAAUUUUGUCGCUGUGUGCAAUGAUGAUUUCUACCGGUUUGCCGGAACUGAGCUCAGAAAAGGAUCUCAAUUAUUUGCGCGAAACUUUGGUACUCUCAAAAACAGAUGAAGAAGCCUUAAAUCAUUUCAGAGCUAAAUUUAUGGAAGCGCUCACUAAUUCGUGGAAGACUUCCAUUAAUUGGGCUACGCAUAACAUAGCGAAAAAUAAUAAGACGUAGUCAACGUUCUUUUCGCCCUGGAAAGAAGAUUGCCAAAUUUCCCAAAACAAGUGCCAACGUAAAUAAUAAAAACCUAGACAAAUUUCAAGUAAAUCAAUUAUUUGAAUGAUUUUCAAGCAUAAAUGCCCUAGUGGCAAUGAAUUGCUUGCUAACAUUUCACCAACACAAAUGGUUGGUAUCUUCAUAUUGAUUUGAUUCAAUAAACUUCUAGAGAUGCCAACCACCCGAGUUAGGAAACAAUUCAUUGAAACGACGACCUUCGGAAGUUGCAUUAAUUUAAUAUUUGUUUUGAUAAACCUUUGGAGGUACCAACCACUUGAAUUAUAAUUCAUUGCCACUGGCUUUUAUGCCAGAAAGCCAUUCAUAUAAUUAGUAAUGGCCGCGAAAGCUUAAACACUUAUAUUCAAGUGAAUCGUCUUUCAGAAAUAAACGAAUUUAUCGGGUCGAUCUGAUUUUCUAUCUUAAAGUUAAUAAAUCGAUCGUUAAAAAAUUAUGAUAGUUCUAAAAUUAUUAAUAUUAUUGGUUAAGAGUUAUUGAUUUAUAUAGAGAAUCGUUUUAAUUUUGGAACGUUGCUUCCAAAAUCUUAGUUGUGAUAUUGGUUGUUUGAGACUUGUGAUUUUUUCUAUGUAUUGUGAUAGGAUAACACGUAUUUUUAAAGUAUUUAGGCGAUCUUCGAAAAGGGCCUAAUGGUCUGUAGGGUAUUUUAUCAGAUUCAGUUCCCAUUGUAACUAGAACUUUUAUAGUAAAUUUUGUUAAAACUUAAGAUAAAUUUAGAACUGUCAGUUUAUUUUUAAUUUGAUAUUAUGUAUUACGAUAUUUUUUGAAUUUUUAUUUUGAUAGCCAAUCUAAAAUCUAUCAAAUUCCCUUUGAUUGGUACUUUUAAGCCCCAGAACACUUAAAAAUAUACAAAUACAUUUUUCGAGCAAAUUUCCGAAUGCGAAUCACUGUUUACAGCCAUUAUGUUCCGUAAUUGGUGAGUACCACCGUAGCUUUUUAAGAAUUAUCGACGGUGUGCGAACGUGACGCCCCGCAAAUCGACUGAAAAUCGCAACCAGGCUUCAAUAUUAUUAAAUGUACGUAAAUGAAGUUGUGGCCUGAGAUUUUUUGUAAGUUUUGAAUGGUGCAAACAGAUGCAUGAUAUUUUACUGCCACAUAGUCAUAUUAAGCGUAUUUGUAGGGAUGUAUGUAUGGGAGAACAUCUUUGCAUCCUUAUGAAUGCUCCUCUUAUAAACUCGACUGUAAAUUAUUUUUACGCUUGUUCUUCUUUUUGCAUUUUUUUUGAGAAUAUAUAGUUUUAAUAAGCUGGGCUAAACUUUUUAUUUAUUGUAUGCUUAUUUAUAAAAUUUUGUUAAUAUGUAACUCCUUCAAGUUUACAAAUUAUACUUGUUUGCUGCAGUAUAAAUAUUA